UUAAUAUUUAUACUCGCAUCAACUUUUUGUGCAACAAAAGAGACCAGUAAAGAUGACCCUAAGCAUAUAAUCUACUCAAGUUCAAUUCGAGCCCUGUCAGAACUCCGGGAGAUUGAAAACUCCUAUAUGGAGCAUUUGAGCAACUUUAUUAGCUCCCUGCAACAUAAAGUAGAAACUCUCAGAGUAUACAUUGACUCCAUAGAAAAUGGACAUCUUGUUAGUAAAGCAGACCGGAUUCACUAUGUGUCUAAUCCCUUAAAUUCUAUUCGCCUUGUAAGAAGAACACGUGAGGAUUGGCCCAAGGUUAUUGCUUACAUCAGAAAUCAAGAAAGUGUGAAAGUUCCGAAUGAGGAAAUGCAUAAACUUGUAAAUCGUACUCCCAACGCAGAGGAUAUGCAAGAGGCCUUGUUCGGAAUGGAUAGAAUAGAGCACUUCUAUGACCUGAAGUCAUCGGAUAUGGCCAAGGGUCUUGUGGCAGCCCAACAACUCCAAACCCCAAUGACUUCACCCGAUUGUCUGGCCCUAGCAGACUAUAUGUACAAGCGAUCAGAAUUUAGACGAGCUGCUCAGUGGUACCGACUAGCUUUGAGUACUAUAACGGAGCCCCAUAAUAGUAUGUUUGGAGAACUCUAUGUCCCACAACGAGAAGAGCUUCGAAAAAUGUUCAUAAUAAGUCGGCUUCAAGAAGGUUCUGUCGGCAACUUAAGUGACUAUCUGAGGGAACUGUCCCAAGACCCAACGCUUCCACUGAUCCAUUUAAAGGCAACACCAGCUCCCACGGCCGUGGAACUGGGAUGCAGGGGGAAGUUUCCCCCAGGUCCUCAGUUGGUGUGUCGCUACAAUAGCACUGCAACUCCAUUUAUGCGAUAUGCCCCCUUAAAGGAGGAGGAGAUCAGCCGAAACCCGCUCAUCUGGCUAUAUCACGACGUGAUCUAUGACAGCGAGAUCGCUCAACUGACGAACUUGACCCGAGACGAGAUGACUCAGGGCACCACUGAGAACGACAACCAUGAAGUCGAGGUAAAUCGCCUUUUCCACGUCCAAGUUACCGAAGACGAUGGCGGCAAGUUGGACAAGGCAUUGGUAAAUCGCAUGGCGGAUAUUUCGGGUCUGGAUGUUGGCAAUACAACUUCAUUGGCCAGAAUCAACUAUGGCCUGGGCGGCUACUUUCCAGAGCACAGCGACUACAAGGACCUUAAACUUCAUCCGGAACUGCUCGAGGAAGGGGAUCGGUUAUUUACAUUUUUGUUCUACAUGUCCGAUGUUCCAGUUGGUGGUGCCACUAUUUUUCCGGAAGCCAAAAUCGCCAUCCAGCCGAGGAAGGGUUCCGCCCUAUUCUGGUACAAUCUACACAAUGACGGCGAACCGAAUCUGUUGACCAGACACGCCGUUUGCCCCACGAUUGUUGGCAGCCGAUGGGUGCUAGUUAAGAGCAUGUUAAACUAUGAGCAGAUGUUUAGGAAGCCCUGCUACAAGUAGAACAUUCCAAAGAUACUUGAAUUAAAGCAAUUUCGAUUUUAAAGCUA